AUGGACACUUUAACAGGAAUCGACGUGAAGUUCCUUGGCGAGCUACCACAACUAUCUAUUCUUCGUGUCAAGCAGCUCCAAGAUAGAGAGCUCAGUUUUCGCGUUGUUGUGAAUAAUGUGGAGGACGAUUCUUAUCGAAACGUCAAGGUCCUCCAGAUUGCUUGUGGUUGCAGCUCCAGCAACCUACACGUGACUUUUGGGUCAAGCACAAUGGAGAAACUUGAGCUUCUCGAGGUAGACUGCUGCGGUGGGUCACCGUCAUACCAGUUCUCUGGCCUGGAGAAUCUAGGAGAACUCAAGCAAGUCUUGCUACUUAACAGUUCCAACGCCGAAACACUAAAGCUAAAACUUCAGACACAGUUGGCCAAGCACCCAAACAAACCUGUUGUGAAGCUGGAGGAACCACGACCCUCUUCCUGA